AUGCGGCGGUUGGCCAGAGCUCAUCCAGAGGCGGUUGCGGCAAUCUCUCCUUCCGCUGUGGAAGAUAGCCGCUCUGUGUACGCUGCUAGUGUUCCGCGCAGUAAGAGCCAAGUUGGCAACUCGGGAGCAAAGGUGUGGACAAACGCGGAUCUCGGCACACCCGAGUUUUUCGCGUGGCUCAACACGGUGCCACACAACACGGCCAGACGCCUCGAGAAAGUUGACGAGGACGAUGAGCAGAACGACCAGGACGACGAUGAAGGCGACGCGCUAGGCGACGGGCCUCUCAACAUUGGCAAGGCAUUCCUCAUCCCGAGGGCCAAGAUGUCCCUUUACGACCAAGAUAUUUUCGCGCACAGCAUGCUCGAGGCUAGAGACAAGGUGCUCGCAGCUAGGUCGCCAGGGCAGCUGCGGAAAGCGCACGACCGCUUACGAGAGACUGAAACCGCGCUCAACUUGCGGGCGGGAAACUACAGGACCGUGAAAGUGGGGUUUGAGGAACCUGCGCCUUCGGCUGGAUCGACGGACGGGUUGCCCCAAACGGAGCCGGCCCAUAGCAGCAGCAGGGCCAGCGGAAGGGCAAACCGCGUAGUCUACGGUCCGUCGGAAACAUUUGCCUACGUGUACCACCGAAUGGUGCCCGCCUACACGGUUCUGCACAGGGUGAUGGCGGAGGUGAAGAGCGAGUUGCCCGACUUUAACCCUCGCACAAUGCUGGACUUCGGCAGCGGCCCGGGUACGUCGGCCCUGGCAGUCUGGGACGUUUGGGGUGCGGGUGGCGGUAGCUCGGUGGCUCAAGAUGGAGAAGAGACCAGACAAGGCAGCAAUCUGUCGGAGGUGCGUAUGGUGGAGGAGUCGCAGUCCAUGAAGGACGCCUGCAAGAUCAUGUUGGAGCCCCUGACGAACACUGGCCGUAUUCGAACGGGAUUCGGCACCUCACUGUUGGAGGAGGCCAGGACGGCGGGCAGAGGGGGGGCGGGCGGGGCUCCGGGUGGCAGGAAGUUCGACCUAGUGGUGGCCGCCUAUGCUUUGUCACACCUUCCCACCCACGCGUCCAGAGCUGCGGCAACAGCCGUCAUGUGGAGCCUGGUAGCUCCCGGAGGCGUGCUGGUCUUGGUGGAGGACGGCAGCGCUAAGGGGUCGCAUACAGUCCGCUCUGCGAGACACAUGGUGCUCCGACCGUCGGCACCUGCCCCUGAACAAGGUGGGGACACGGGUAAGCAGCGAGGCAACAGACGAGGCAAAAAGAACGAGAGGCAGGCCCCGCCAAGGCCUUACGUCGUUGGCCCGUGCCGGCACGACAAGGAGUGCCCGCUGCAGGCUGGGGAGUUUUGUCGCCUGCAUCAGAAGGCGAGAAAAACAACUUCACCCGCUCAUGGUUUUCGUACGACCUGGGCAUUCGCGGGGCACUUAAUAUCACGACAGCGUGCAACGGGCACUCGAAGAGUCGAGUUUAUUCAUCGAGUUAUGCCAAAAUGCAAGUUCCAGACGUUGUCUCACUCAAGGACGCGGGGGGUGCCUUGGAACGCCGUGAACGUGACCAGUUCUGCAGUCAAGUCGGUCUCGUUCUCCUACGUGUCCAUCCGAAAGGGGCCACCGGAGCGAGAGGCGGAUCAAGACGAGAGGGUAGGCGGCCGCACCAGUUCCUCCUCGGUGGACCUCCUCAAGGCCUUCGUGCAGCAGAGAAAGAACCUUAACGGUGGUGGGAGCCUGAGGGACGCCAUGGACUCUCUCGGCACGGAUGGGAUAUCCGACGCAAUUCUGAGGCGCGAUGACUGGGCAAGGCUAGUCCGCAAGCCUCUCAAGGCUAAGGGCCACGCGCUGCUGGAUGUGUGUUCUCCGGAGGGGAACAUCCAACGAAAGGUGGUGGCCAAAGGCAAGUGGAAAGGCGUUCCCGGCAUGUUCGUUGCUGCCAGAAAAAGCCAGGUGGGGGGCCUCUGGCCGUACCUCGACAACCACGACUACAAAGACCGUACGGCGAAGCUAGACGACGCCAGCAGCGGGCAACAAGGCGGCGAGUUCUUCAGCUUCGACCCCAGUGAAGAUGGUGAUGACGGUGUGGAUUUCUUGGAAGGCGACAGCGACGGAGAGUGGGAAGAGGUCGGGGACGAGGAGCGAGGACCCGUGGUUGAUUGGGCGGAGGGAGGGGUGCGAGGCCCAGCGGUUGGUAGUACAGGUACACCACGACGAAGGCCGCGAACGUUGCCGGCAGCCUUGGGACCACGAGGGAGCGGGAGCAGUGAAGAAGGGGAGUCACAAGCUAUUUUCGAGGAAAAGCUUCGAUGAAAUCGUCCGAUGAACGCUUGCCAGGGAGUGAAUCGCGCAUGGUUACUGCCAAUCGAAGACAUUGCUCGAUGGAUACGCUCAAAGUUUUUGUUUCGAAAGGAAGUCUAGGGUUCAUUGCAGGCGGUUCCGUACGCGUGUUUUCUUCCGGUAGAUGUUCUUUUUGUGUUGCGGUUGCAGUGAACGAUUCCUGCGGGCCGGUGUUCCCGGCCUGACCGCUCCACAGCU